AUUCCAGAUCCCCACCACCUUCCCCUCGUCCUUCCCUCCCCUCCCAUCACUAUAUUUGCCGCCCCCCCUCUUCUCAGCGCAGUAGAGACGAGAACUGAACCAAAUCUUUUCCUUCUCUCUGGACCCUUAAUUGAAAUGGGCCCCAAUCUGCCGUCGGACGCGACCAUCUUCCGGUCGAAGCUCCCCGACAUCGAGAUCCCUGACCACCUCCCCCUCCACGCCUACUGCUUCCAACACCUCGCCGCCCACCGCGACCGCCCCUGCCUCAUCGACUCCGCCACCGGCACCACUUUGACAUACGCCGACGUCGAUCUCCUUUCCCGCCGCGCCGCUGCAGGCCUACACAGCCUCGGCCUCCGCCCCGGCGGAGUCCUCAUGCUCCUCCUCCCCAACUGCCAAGCCUUCGCCCUCGCCUUCCUCGCCGCCUCCCGCCUCGGCGCCAUCGUCACCACCGCCAACCCCUUCCACACCCCGGCCGAGGUCGCCAAGCAGGCGGCCGCCUCCGCCGCCCGCGUCGUCCUCACCGAGUGCUGCCACGUCCCCAAGGUCGCCGAUCUCAAUAUUCCCAUCAUCUGCGUCGAUGGACCCCUCCCCGACGGCUGCAUCCCCUUCUCCGACGUUCUCUCCGCCGACGAGGCGGCGGCGCCGGAGGUGGAGAUCGACCCAGACGCCGUGGUGGCUCUCCCCUACUCCUCCGGCACCACCGGGCUCCCCAAAGGAGUCAUGCUCACGCACCGAGGGCUGGUGACCAGCGUGGCCCAGCAGGUGGACGGCGACAACCCCAACCUCUACUUCCAUGAAGAAGACGUCAUUCUCUGCGUGCUGCCGCUCUUCCACAUAUACUCUUUGAACUCCGUACUGCUGUGCGGGCUGAGGGUGGGGGCGGCGCUACUGAUAAUGAGGAAGUUCGACGUGGCGGUGCUGAUGGAGCUGGUGGAGAGGUACAAGGUGACGAUAGCGCCGUUCGUGCCGCCGAUAGUGGUGGAGAUGGUGAAGAGCCCGGCGGUGGACCGCUACGACCUGUCCUCAAUUCGGACGGUGAUGUCCGGGGCGGCGCCCAUGGGGAAGGAGCUGCAGGACAAGCUCAUGGCCAAGAUACCGAAUGCCAAGCUCGGGCAGGGCUACGGAAUGACCGAAGCUGGGCCAGUUCUCUCCAUGUGUCUAGCAUUUGCGAAGGAGCCGUUUGAUGUCAAAUCAGGAUCAUGUGGCACCGUUGUGAGGAACGCUGAGCUCAAGAUAUUAGAUCCUGAGACUGGACUAUCCCUGCCUCGGAACCAGCCUGGUGAGAUCUGCAUCAGGGGAAAGCAAAUUAUGAAAGGUUAUCUGAAUAAUCCGGAGGCAACGGAACGGACCAUAGACAAAGAAGGUUGGCUGCAUACUGGGGAUAUUGGGUACGUGGAUGAUGACGAGGAGAUCUUCAUAGUGGACAGGCUAAAAGAGCUCAUCAAAUACAAAGGGUUCCAAGUGGCCCCUGCUGAGCUCGAAGCCAUGCUCAUCGCCCACCCCAACAUAGCCGAUUCUGCCGUAGUCUCAAUGAAGGAUGAUCUCUGUGGGGAGCUCCCGGUGGCAUUUGUCGUGCGAUCAGGUGGCUCGGAAAUCACGGAAGACGAGAUCAAACGAUACAUCUCCAAACAGGUGGUGUUCUACAAGAGGAUACACAAGGUGUUCUUCGUCGAGGCCAUUCCCAAGGCGGCAUCUGGCAAGAUAUUGAGGAAGGACCUCCGAGCGAAGCUAGCAGCUGGGUGUCCCCUUCCAUGAUCCCUCUCCUUCUGUGCACACGUAUGCUAUUACUCUAGCGAGCCCCACCGUAAAUGCUUAUCCACCCAUACAUGGUAUGACUUGCCUGCGUAGUGUUGUUUCGCAGCUGUUCAUAGACCAUUUCUUUGUGCCUGGAGUUCAUAAUUUGAUGUAACAGUGCAAUGAUUUGUGAAACGGACAUCAUUAUUUUUUUUUAUUAAAGAUGAGAAAUAAAUAUGUCACAAGAUUAUUUA